UGCUUGAUUGAAUUAUGCGAUGUAUUUGAGGCGCUACAUAAUUCAUCGCAUCGCACGUUAAUUAAUAUAUUAGUUGUCUAAGUCGGGCGGAUUCAUUUCAAGCGCAUCGUCCAUGGGCAACUAACGCGACGCGUAGCGAAUAGUAAUCGAUACACGAUCUCUUUGACGCGAGGCUUUCGAAUGAAAAUUAUUGUAUAUUCGAUUACAUUUCGCGCUCGCGCAGUGCAGCGUUGAUUUUCUCUUAUUCUCGAUCGAUCUCAUCUUCUGUGUUAUAAAGCUCAAAUACUUGUGAAGUGCUUCGUCCGUCAAUUACUUGAAAUAUUUCUUUUUCAAUCCCGUGUCGAUUCUUUUGUUUUUCUAUUCGAGUCAGUGUGGCGAAAAAUCCAAAAGUAUACAGUAGCAGAAAAGCGUUGGCGCGUUGACGCUUCUAAACGACGCCACGAUGACGAUCAUAACGCGCAUAAAUCGGUUGACAUGUAAUGGCGCGUCGCGCACACGUCGUCGAGUUUAGAGCGUGGCAUCCCGACUAGACGUUCGUUCGUUAAAGCGUAUAACGCAUCUGCUAUAUUGUAUGCAUAGCAGCAGCAGCAGCAGCGCGUCGUCGCACUAAUGCGUAGAUAAUAGCACGGAAGAGAUUGUUACGAAAGACAUUUUGAUUGAACGUCUAAAGUUACGUUCCCUCGAUCUUUUUUUUUUUUUUUUUUUGUUCAUAUUCUCUCUCUUCCUUUUCUUUCGUUGAUUUUUUUCGUCAUCGUUUCACCAUUGUUCAGCGCGGCAGCCCCGCGUCAAAUCCGGUGGACCCACGGGGGGGCUUGGAGAUAAUUAGCUGCAGCAGCAGUAGCAGCCUCGCGCGCGUUGGGAUCGACGAAUAGGUAGUCGCUCGUGGUGCGAGGUACUUGGAGCAGCUUCGUGCCUCUGAGGAACGAGAGAAUCUCCCUCGUCGAAUGGUAUUUUAAUUUUUUUCGUGUUUUUGGUUGUUAUUUUUACAGAAGAUGGAUGGUCAAAAGUCCGUUUUGGAGGGCGAGAGGGUCGAUCGUCCUGGCGACUCCUUUUUCUCGGUCCUGGCGAAAACCGUACGGGAUGCACCGAACAACAAGGCAAUCAUUUAUACAGACGUCGCUGGAAACUGCAAAACGAUCUCGUACCAGCAGCUGCGCGACGCGUCGAAUCGCAUCGCCAAAUUCCUCAAAAAGCAGGCGGGCGCGAAGAAGAAUAAAAUAAUCGCCGUGUCGCUGAGGCCCAGCGAGCUGCUGCCCGUGAUUCUCCUGGCCGUGAUGAAGAGCGGCUGCGCCUACCUGCCGAUCGACGUCGAUUUCCCGGCCGAUCGGAUCAGGCACAUUCUGCGCGACUCCAAGGCUGCCUUCUGUAUAACCGAUAACGAAGUUGAGCCGAUAAUUAGCAGCGAGGUGCUCACCAUUUCUGUCAAGCGGAUAUUAAUAGAGCUGGAAAACGAGACGAAGGACUUCCAAGUCGAGAACGAAGAAAGCACGAAUAUAGCCAUUGUCUUGUACACCUCGGGCAGCACGGGAACGCCGAAAGGCGUCAAGCUGCCGUACUCCGCGCUCAUGAACAGGCUCGAGUGGCAAUGGAGGCAGCUGCCUUACGGGCCCAGCGAGACCCGCUGCAUCUGCAAGACCGCCUUGACGUUCGUCGACAGCGUUUCCGAAAUCUGGAGUCCUCUGUUGCAGGGACGAACGCUGGUCGUGGUGCCCAAGAUAGUGACGAAGAAUCCGGAGAAAUUCAUCGAAUUGCUCGAUGAAUACGAGAUUCAGCGAAUCGUUUUAGUACCGUCUCUGUUGAAGUCUAUGCUCGCUUGCUUGAACUUCCAGAAAAACAAGGAAAAUCUCAAGAAUCUAAAUCUGUGGGUCUGCUCGGGCGAGACGCUGAUCCCAUCCGUGGUCGAGGACUUUUUCAAUCACUUUGACGACGGACGCAAAACCAUCGCCAACUUUUACGGCAGCACGGAGAUCAUGGGCGACGUUACCUUCUACCUGAUCAGAAAAGGCGACGAGUUUUUGAAACGAAAUUUAGUGCCGAUCGGACGUCCGUUGGAUAAUUGCGUGGCUUACAUAGUCGACGAGCGGCUGAACUUAGUGCCAAGCGGGGAAAUCGGCGAGCUAUUGAUAGCCGGCAAAAAUCUGGCCGAGGGUUAUCUCAACGACUCCAAUCAUCACAAGUUUACCAAAAAUCCGAUCGACACGAAUAGCAGUGAAUAUUCAAAAGUAUUUCGAACCGGCGAUUAUGCAAAAAUCCAGGCGGGUCAAUUAUUGUACGAGGGCAGACAGGAUACUCAGAUCAAAAUUCGCGGCAACAGGGUCGACAUCACGGAAAUCGAAAAAGUCGUGCAGAAACUGGAAGAAGUCAGGGAGGCCGUCGUUCUGGCUUGCGACACGACCAGCUCCGAAAAGGUAUUGUUGUGCUUCAUUGUUACGAGCAAGUCGGAUGUACGCGUCGAAGACGUCAAUUCCAAACUCGAGAAGUCCUUGAUAUCGUACAUGAUUCCGCAAGUCAUUAUCGUCGAAAGUCUUCCCCUUUUGACGAAUGGAAAGACCGAUCGGCAACAAUUGUUGAAAUUGUACAGAUCCAUGAACGAGAGCAAAGAGACCGAUUUCGACUUCAGCGAUGUGCCGAAUUCCGAAUUGAGAAAAGCUCAAGUUCUCUAUCACAUUUUGGCAUCGGUCGUUGGCUUGAAGGACAAGGCGAAAAUCAAUUUACAGUCCAAUUUUUAUGAGCUGGGUGGAAACUCGUUGAAUUCGGUUUACAUGGUACUGAAAUUAAGAGAAAAAGGAUUCUUCAUCGGUAUUACUGAUUUUAUCAUCGCCAAAUCGAUCGGAGAAAUUUUGUCAAAAUUAAGCAGCGAUAAGGAAUCGGAGAAUCAAGAAUCGGAUAAGAGCAAGGAGUUUCAGAUGGAAAUGUUGAACGACAGUCAUAAAAACGAAGUUAUCGAAAUGAUAACCGAAAGUUUCAUCACCAAAGCCGACCUUGAGAGGUGGUUACUUCCCGACAUAAAACACGAGGACUACAGUGUCUUGAUGCAUGAAUUAUGGGUUCCACUCGUUGAAAAAAACCUCAGCUUCAUUAUAAAAUCGACGAAAGACAGCAAGAUGCUAUCCGUGGCUCUGAACUUCGACGCGCGUGACGAGCCCGAGGUGCACAUCGACUCCAAACUCUCCAUUAUCUUCGACUUUUUGGAGUCGAUCGAGGCGCCGGUGCGCGAGGGUAAACUGCCCCAGGGCAAAGGGCAGAUCUUUCACACGUUCAUGAUGGCGACGAGCAACGAUCUCAGCCCGGCGGAAAAUGUCAUCAUGAUGAGACUCAUGGAGGAAAAAUGCCUCGAGGUGGCCAAGACAAAUAACUUCGCUGGAAUUUUAACGACGAACACGAGUCCACUGACACAGCAACUCGGUACGGAUGUUUUUAAAUACGACGUCAUGUCGGACUACCAAGUCAAUCGAUACGUUGCACCGGACGGCACGAAACCCUUUGGAGAAGCCGAGGACAGUCAAAGGGCUGUCGUUUCUUGGAAAAAAAUAGAAUACUCUUGAGUUAAAAGAAAAGAAGAAGAUAUUUUUAUAGUAUUAUUACAUGAUGAGAUUCGAUCUAUUUUACUGUUAACAUAAUUUACCUGCAA